AUGAGCACGGCGCUCUCGGUCAGUUCAGUGUUCGCGCUGUGGACGGUCUCUUCAGAGAUGGUCUACGUGCUGCUGUUCCCGCAGCUGAUUGGCGUCUUCUACAUGCCCAAAUGGACCAACUCCUACGGAUCCGUCGCCAGCUUCGUUCUCGGUUCCUCCGUCCGCAUCUUGUGCGGCGAACCGUCCCUGGGCAUUCCGGCAGUACUGCGGCUUCCAUUUUACGACAAGGAGAGCGGUCAGCGGUUCCCGUUCCGCACCUUCUGCACGAUGGUCAGCAUCGCGUCCCUCGUUCUGGUCUCGAGGCUCGCAAAGGCGGCCUUCUCGCGGGGUUGGUUGCGCAAGAGCUUGGACGUGUGCAAGUGCUUCCAGGACGACGUCGUCGACCCGAGCACCCCGUCGACCGGCGUACGUCCGACAAGGAUCUCGCUCGACAGCGACCGCACCGCCAACGUCGCCCCACCCAGCGCUGCGGGCAGUGUGUCGGCUGCCGGGUCUUCGACGUCGUUAGUCGCCAACACCGUAAAGCCAACGCAGAAACGACGGGUGUCAAUCGCGGACGGCGCACUUCCUAGCAGCGGCCCGCUUAUCGUCGAAACCGGCGCCCGCGAAAGCACCUGUCUCGACCGUGACCGGCGAUCCUAG